CCGCCUUCGGACGGGCCGGCGGCGUCCCCGGACAAGCCCCGGGCCUUAGACUGCGGUUGGGGCGUGUUCCGGCCGGCUUGGCUGCAGCGCUUCCGCACAGCCAAGUGGGCGCUGUUCUGGCUGUGCUGGGCAGGCGCUAUACAGGGUAUGGUGGUGAACGGGUUCGUGAACGUCGUCAUCACCACCAUCGAGAAAAGGUUCGGGCUGCGCUCCAUGCAGACGGGCGUCAUCGCUGGCGGAUACGACAUGGCCUCCUUCGCGUGCCUGGCGCCCGUGACCUAUCUGGGCGGGCGGGGCUCCGCGUCCAAGCCUCGCUGGUUAGGCUGGGGCGUGCUGCUGAUGGGCGCGGGGUCUCUACUCUUCGCACUGCCGCACUUCCUCGUGGCUCCUUAUAGAGUGGCGGGAGAGGAGCCUGAGGAUGUGUGCGCUGUUAACCAGACUUCGAGCCACCGCUGCCAGGGCCCGGCGGCGGCGGAGAGCGGCUCGUGGGCGGUGGUGGUGUUCGUAGCGGCGCAGCUGCUGCACGGCGCCGGCGCCACGCCGCUGUUCACGCUCGGCGUCACGUACAUCGACGAGAACGUGUCCAAGAAGAUGUCCUCGGUGUACUUGGGCGUGUACUACACAAUGGCCGUGGUGGGCCCAGCGCUGGGCUACGUGCUCGGAGGACAGAUGUUGAAGAUCUACACGGACUUCGUCACCGUCGACUCUGACACGUUGGGAAUCACUCCGGCGAGCUCGGUGUGGAUUGGUGCGUGGUGGGUGGGAUUCAUCCUAUCAGCCGUGUUGUGCCUCAUCGUCGCUGUCCCACUGCUGGCCUUCCCUUAUGAGCUGCCAGGUGCCGACGAAAUCCGAGCGUCAAAAGUUUCCGAAGCGCACGAGGGCGCGGCGUCCAAGUCAGCGGCUUUUAGCGCUCUCCACGAGCUGCCGCGCGCCGCUGCAGCGCUGCUGCGGAACCCCACGUUCCUGUUCCUGAACUUGGCCGGUGCCAGCGAGGGCAUGCUCAUAUCGGGCUUCGCUGCGUUCCUGCCUAAGCUUAUUGAGAACCAGUUCGCGGUUAGCGCUUCUGAAGCGGCGCUUCUUUUAGGAGUAAUAACAGUGCCAGCGGGCGGCGGCGGCACGUUCGCGGGCGGCUGGCUGGUGAAGCGCUGGCGGCUGUCGUGUGCCGGCAUCAUCCGGCUCGGCGACCGGCUUUCCGCCAGCUGCAACUCAGGCUGCGGCUGCGCCGAUUCCCGCUACGCGCCGGUGUGCGGUGCCGACGGCGUCGUGUACUACUCGGCCUGCCACGCCGGCUGUCACGAGCGAACGCUGGCCGGCACCGCGCAGCUGUUUCGACGCUGCGACUGUAUAGCACCGCUCAACGGGACACUGCCCACUUACAAACUUGAUGGAGCGAACUCGUCGACGUCGUACGAAGCCAUCAACAGCCCGUGCAGCACUGACUGCCCGUACCUGUGGCUGUUCGUGUUCCUGUCCUUCUGCGUCAUGCUGUUCACCUUCCUCGCCACCAUGCCCGCGCUCUCCGCUACUUUGAGAUGCGUGCGGGAAGACCAGCGCUCGUUCGCGCUGGGCAUCCAGUGGAUCAAGGUGCGUCUGCUGGGCACCAUCCCCGCGCCGCUGCUGUUCGGCUUCCUCAUCGACCUGUCGUGCUCGCUGUGGGACCAGGCCUGCGGCGCCACCGGCGCCUGCCUGCUGUAUGACAACGUCAAUAUGAGCAGAUACAUGUUGGCUCUGGCGCUAAUCGGGAAGCUCUGCUCCGUUCUCUUCUUCUUCCUUGCGUGGUGGUUCUACCGCCCGCCUGGCGGCAAGAGCGGCAACGCCAUUGUACCGUCUGUGGACCUCGUGGUCCGCGGCGAGAAGACCAACGGCAACGUCGGCAACGUUCCGAACGGGACCAACGUCGUGAACGGCAACGGCGUUGCCAACGGGAACGUCACUAGCAACGGGUAUUGUAACGCAGCUUUAGAGUGUAGCGAACAUCUAUAAGUAUGUAGAUUAUGUGACCGUAAUGCUUUUGAUGGUGACUGGAAUACUACUGAGAUGUGAUACCUACUCAAUUACUAUAUAGUAAUUGAGUAGGUAUCACAUCUCAGUAGCUGGUGUGAUUGGUGAUCGAAAAAGCUUUCUCUUACGUUUUCGGAAGAAUGCUCAGCCAGCAUCUUGUACCUAACAGUUGGAGCUUCUUACUAUUUAGCGGAUGGAAGACAUAAAUUACCAAUCAUAUCAAAUACGAGAAAAGGUUUAUAAAUUGUUGGAUACUGAGUACCUACCUCGUGGUAACUUAGUACGUAAAUUACAUCAAAUCACUUAUACAAAUUGACCGAUAAAAUAGAAGAACACUGCCAGAGACGUUAAACCUUAAUACCUACUUGGGUAUUUAGCUUUUAUACUAAAGUUAUAUUGAAACACAAUCUUUUUCUAUAAAUACAUAAAACAUUCUGAUGUAUUAUUUAUCUUCUGUGUAUCGUCGUAAUAUUAUUUCCGUUCUUGUUAUUUAUUUAAAAACUUUAUUUUAAACUUUCUUAAAAUUAUUAUUCUUGAGAAUUUCCAUCUCGAAAUUAUUUAUAUUUAUUUAGAUCUAAAGCGUGUGUAAAUAAAAUUAAUUAUUUUUAAUGAAUAAAAUAUCGAGGCAAGCAACUAAUAAAAGUACACGAUAUUGUAUGUAGCUACUACACAAUUAUUAUUAAUAAUUAUUAGUUUAAUUAUCAAAUGUAAUUAAUCAUUCCAAAUCAUUAUUUCUGUUGUAAUGUUAUCUGUGAUGUUGUUAGACUAGAGUAAGCUAAUAGAUAGGACGUCUUAAUAAUUAGUAUAGGUUGCGAUAGCAUUUUAUACGUAGAAAUGUCUGCUACUUAGGUAUAUUUUGUGCUUACUUAACUCAAGUUUUAUAAUCAUAUAAGUAAGAGGUAUAAUAUCAAUUAAAUGUCCCCCAAUUUGAUGCUGUUCAAGCCAUUUACAAGUUAUAUUUUUAAGUACAUAUUUAUUUAUUCCAUUUUAAUAAUACUGAGGGAUAAAAGUUGCAGACAUUGCUAUUGUUUUAAGAAUGUAAAAGAUACCUAGUUGUCAAAUAGAGUACAAUUUGUAACAUUUCGGCAAUUUUAUUAAAACUAAGGGUUUUUAAGUGUAAUUAAUGUUUAAAACUUUCGUGGAUACAACUUCAAUAGGCCCUAGCUAGAGUACUGAUUUGCUUGUUACAAAUUUAGCAUGACAAACGUCGUCAUCUAGCAGGGGAAAUACCGAGUAGGGAUUUAUCUACUGUCAUUUUACAAACUCCACAUAAGUAGGUUGUUCUUGUGUCCACGAACGUGUUAACUUUAGCAUCACAUAACUAACUAGGCCUAAGGUAUGUACACUGUGUACAGAGUUUUUAACUUAUUUGUUGAGUGUCAAUAGUUGUUAAAGGUGUAUUUUGGUUCAAGACUGAUUGUUUAUUAUUGUAGUGUAGAUUUAAAAAUAUACAAAUGUGGUGUGGGGUGUGUCAGAGUUAUUCCUUUUUUUGUAAAGUAGAUAUCUAUAUCCUUUGUCUACCUAGUAACAUGAUUGUUUUUAAAAUAUCGUGGCACACCUUAGACAAAUACAAUUGGAAAAAGCUCAUAGCAUGAAAACUCAAACUGAAAAACUAAUAACUUUGAAGUUGUGACACGCUGCAUAAGCGAUAGGUUUCCGUACGUUUACCAAGCUUGGUAUUUUGAAUGGACGAAAUCGCUUUGAGAUAUAAGUGCGCAAAUACUGAUUCUUGUCGAUUUAUAAAUAUAUCCUUAAUUUUCAACUAAUAUGAAUGUAUGGUGGUGGUUCGUAAAGUACGGAAACCUAGAAGUAAGUACAAGUGUGUCUCGAAACAUAAUAGAUACAUAAACAAAACAAACGUGUAUAGUUAUAGUUUCGAACUGAAUUGGUAAUGCAAACAAAGACGUUUGAGGCUACAAUCCUAAGUGGAUAUUAUAAUUUGAUGUAGGUAUAAUAAAAUAGAUAAGUCAAUGGUUGUAUUAGUAAAUGAAAAGUGUAAAGGUAUGAACUUAAGCAAGUGUUAGAUGAUAAAAAAUAAUGUUUCUAAUACUAUUUAACCUGAACAAAAAGCACACAAAUACAGAAAUAACUUACAUAUAAUUUCAUGGUACAGUAUGUAAAACAGCAUGUAAAAAUAUCAAUAAAGUCUUUAAUGGUAGGUUGGUUUGCUGUGACUGUACUUAGUUUUAUAAAUAUGUAAGUUUAAAAUAUUCCUUAGCUGCAACUAAUGUUUCUUCAAAGUGGAAUAUGAGGAAAAGAAGAAUCUACCAACAUUGAGAGUGCCGCCGAAAUGAUCUUUGAAUAUUAAAAAUACACCAUUUUGGAGUUGUAAUGUUUUUAGAUUUUCUAAUGUAAUUUAUACUAAUAGAUGUAUUUGAAGUGAUCCAUUUUGUAAUUGUACAAUUUUACACGGAUUGAUUGAAAUAAAAAUUUCCAAUUUUAA